AUGGAAUACAAUGAACAAUUAGAUUCCAUGAGUGCGUUUCAAAAAUUAAUGACAACUGACUUGGUCAUGAGUGAUGUGAAUAUUCCACAAGUAUUUUCGAAUGGUGUUUAUGAAAAUUCACAACCAUUGCCUAUUAAUGGUACAAGUUGUGUGCAGAACAUGUUUGGUGUGUUGGUGUUUUGUGUGAAUUCACAGUUUACAACAACAGAUUCAAAUGCCAUUUCACAAAUGAAUUUAUCACUCGAUACGUUGGUGAAAAUUUAUGAUGGAACAGUAAGAUAUUGGAAUGACACGAGAAUUGUGAAUGACAAUCCAUCACUCGCUUCACAAUUACCAUUUACGGAAAUUAAGUUGUUGACGCGUUCGGGUUCAAGUGGUACAAGUUUCAAUGUUUUGAAUUAUUUAGCAACGAUGAACUCUGAAUUUGAAAAGAAAUAUCAAAUAUAUUCAAAACCAACUUUGAACCUUAGACAAGUUUUGAAUUUACCAAAUUUGGUGACAUCCGUUGACAUUUCAACGAAUACAGAAAUGAUUCGAAAUGUCAACUCAAUGGAAGGUUCAAUUGGUUACACAAGUUUAAAUGUUUACAACAACAUACCAAGUGCUCAAAAAUCAAGAACAGUUCUAGUGAACAUUAUUUUAAAUGGUGUCACAGUUUCACCAAAUUUAGAAAAUGUCAAAUCUACCAUUUCCAAAUACGAUUCAAAGACACUCACUUCCUCAAGUAUAUUUUCACAAAGUCUCAAAAUUGCACAAUCCUUCACCACUUCCUCCACCUUGUACUAUCCAUUUGUCACUUUUACUUUUUGGUGUGUCAAAACCUCUUAUUCCAAUGCUGAAGAAGGAACUUCUAUUUUACAAUUUAUGUUGAAUUCAUAUCGAGCCAUGGAUUCUGCAUUUAAGGUCAAUCUCUCACCUGAUGCGUCAUUAUCAUUCAUGAGUGAAAAUAUGAAUGAUUCAGAAUUAGUGACUGUCAAGUCCUCAACAAAUUCAAUUUCUACCACUCGUUCUACUACUUCUUCUUUGAUGACAACUUCAAUCACUACUUCUUCUUUGAUUACCACUCUGAGAGAACGACUUGUACAUUUUGAAAUGAAAAGAACUGAAGAUGUAUUCAGGAGUGGAACGAGUGCACUCAUGACCUCCUUAUCUACUUUUAAUUUUAAAACAUUGAGUGAUCGGAUGAUGUGUGACAACAAAAAGUGUUCCUCUCUUCUUCAAAAUAAUUCUCUUCCAACCACUUCUCCUUUUGAAUUAUUUUUAAUUAUUGCCAUUCCAAUUAUGGGUGUCUUGAUUCUCUCCAUUCUUGCCAUUGUGAUAGGAAUUAUUUCCUAUUGCAUUGUGAAAAGAAGAAGAAGAAGUAAAACACCCUCUCAAUUGAAUCAACAAUUAUUGGAUGAUAUGGAUGAUGAUCAACAACAACAAGAUUCAGCUUCUACUUAUACCUAUACUCCAAAAUUAUUUGAAUACGAUCAAUUGAAAAGUACAAUCAAAGCAGAUGAAUUAACAUUGGAUGAACAAAUUGGAAGUGGAUCAUUCAGUGAGGUCUAUAAAGGUCGAUGGCUCGGUGCAAUCGUAGCUGUGAAACGUUUCAUGAUUAAUCAUCAUGUUGAAAGUGAAGAAGUGAUACAAGAUUUUAUUAAGGAAUCCAAAUUAAUGUCAAAAUUAAGACAUCCCAAUGUGGUACAAUUUUUAGGAGUUUGUGUUCAAAUGCCACACUUGUACAUGGUCACUGAAUUUUGUGAAAGAGGAAAUUUACAACAUAUUCUCAAAGAUAAGAAAAUCAAAUUAUCGCUUCGAAAAACAAUUUCAUUGGCUCUAGAUGCUGCUCGUGGAAUGCUCUAUCUUCAUAGUAAUAAUCCUCCAAUUGUUCAUAGAGAUUUUAAGAGUGCCAAUUUAUUGGUCGAUAAAAAUUGGUCUGUCAAAGUGGCUGAUUUUGGAAUGAGUAGAAUUUUAGAUUCACAACAACAAAUGACAGUUUGUGGAACAGCUGAAACUUGUGCUCCUGAAGUGUUAAAACGAAGUAUGUACACUGAGAAGGCAGAUGUUUAUUCUUAUGGAAUUGUUUUGUGGGAAUUAUUCACGAGAGGUCAAUUGUAUCCUGGUUUGGGAUUUUAUGAAUUGUCAUCGAGAGUGGUCAAUGAAGGAUUGCGACCUGAUAUGACUGGACCUCGAUUCACAGAAGGUCAUAUUCCAAAAGAAAUUGUUUCUCUCAUGACUCAAUGUUGGGAUGAAGAUCCAAAUGUGAGACCUGAUUUUGGAAGAAUUGUUGAAAUUUUGGAAGAAGAAUUGGAGAUGGAAUUGGAACGAAGUAGAAAGACAAAAUAA